UUCUAAUCCACUUGUUGCGGAGGAGACGAGGACAAGGAAGCUGCACAUAAACUUCUUCAAAAGUCGGAAAAUGGCGGAAGCAGACGGCUUAAACUAAAACAACGUCAGUUACAAAAGCUUUUCCCAGCCUUUGAGCACCAUGGUGGGUCUGAGAGGAGUCGGUAUCCUCGGAGUCUCCGUGGCUGUGGCGGGAGGAGUCGCUUAUCUUAUCUGGAACUACGCGUCCUCCUCCGGGAAGAAGGAGCCUAAAGCACAGCCGGGGGAGGAUGGGAUAAGUAUCAAAGAGGAAGAUGAGAGAAAGGAGGAACACGGGAAGGAAAUAAAUGUGGUUGAAGAAACAGUGGAGGUCGUCGCUGCUGCUCCAUCAUCAUUGGAGUCAAAGCCUGUGGAGUCAGAGGGGACACAGGUGCUGGUCCUGGGUCUGGAUGGAGCCGGGAAAAGCAGCCUACUUCAAUGCUUUGCUACUGGGUCCCUUGAGCAGGACAUGGAGCCAACACAAGGCUUCAACGCUGUCUCCAUCAACAGAGAAGAUCUGCACAUUGAGUUUUUAGAGAUUGGGGGGAAAAAGGAGCUGCGGCCGUACUGGCAGAGGUACAUGUCCAAGGCUAUUAUGCUGGUCUUUGUGGUCGACUCCUCCAAGCCACAGCUCUUUUCAGUUGCCAAGACGCUUUUACACGAAGUGCUGGCAGGUCACCCCAGCCUUCCUGUAAUGGUACUGGCCCACAAACAGGAUCUUCCAGGAGCCGGCAGCAUCAGUGACCUCUUUGAUGGUCUGUGUCUGUCUGAGCUUGGAGACCGCAAGUUGUACGUCAUCAACACCCACGUCAAGAAGGGAGACUCGGGGCUCAGCGAAGGUGUUCAGGACGCUCGGGAUAUCAUCUUCCAGAUGGUUUGUAAUGGCAAAUAAAAGCCACUGGCCUCUGGUAGAGAUCGGUAAAAGUCUCUUAAUCCUGUGUUUUUAAAAGAAAACGUAACAGCACCUUUUCACUCAAAGUUUUCAGGUUGGCUGCAAGUCUUUUAUUUAUUUUUGAAAGAGAAUAUUUUUUAAACAAAAUAUUUUAACUCUUAUUUUGGUAAGAUUCUGGAUAACCUCAAAUUUUAUUUACACCAAAGAUAUAUUUUUGUUUCACCCAGGCAGAUGACCAACAAAAGAGACCUAUAUGGUUUGUGUAACACCAAGAAUAUGAUUAACUUCUUUUUUUUCCAAAUGUGCAUUAGCACUGAGUCACCAGCAGAUCACUAACAACAUCUUAAAAUCUCUUUAGAAGCACAGUUUGCUGUUCUGUCUGUUGUUCAUAAUGUCCUUUGUGUCAUUUUUAAAAAAGAAUUAUAUACCUCAACAUGGAGACUGUAAAAUGUAAUGGAAAAGAUUUUAAUUCACCCUGUCUUUUUGCAUUUAGAUUGCAAAGUGAGAUGUGGAAUUCACUCAUUAUAUGUUCCCUCUGUGUAGUAUGUAAGUGAAAGUUUUAAAAUCAUAGAGACCUACCAGUUUCUGAGCUCACUGAUCUAUUUAUGAAGUUGGCUCAGCUGCUCAUUAAUGCAAAUACCUAAUCAGCCAAUCACAUGGCAACAACCAAUCCAUCUAAGCAUGUGGACAUGGUUACAAGACAGUUACACAGGCUCCCAAAACUGGAUGAUAGAAAAUUAGAAAAGCACUGCCUGGUCUAAUGAGUCUCAAUUUCUACAGCAACAUCCAAUUCUUAAAUUUAGAAUUUGUUUGGUGUAAACAACAAGAAAGCCUUGCAGACCACUGUCAACCAUGGCAUUUGUGUUGAUGAGCAGCUGAAUAGAUAAACCUAAGCAAAGGGAGUUUUGGUAAGAUAGGUAUAAGACAUGAUGUCAGGGUCUUAAAUUUUUCACACAGUGACUUUUGUCCGCCAUAUGGAGCAACCUAAAGGCAGACUUCGUAUGAAAAGAGAGUGUGUGAUGUGAAAAGCUUUCCGUUAAAGUUCUUUAGAAAUAAACUAUUUCUUCUAAAGUACACUACAAAAUCAUAGGCUGCACAAUAGAGCAGGUGGGGUGGAUCAUGGCUAUGUAUGUCAAUACAAAGCUGUUGACUGUUAAAAUACCCUACACUCUUCACCAAAACACAACACUUUUCAAUAGUUACAUCCGCCAAGGAGGUUAUGUGAUCGGCAGGGUUUGUUUGUUAGCAACAUAACUCAAAAAGUUAUGGACGGAUUUUGAUGAAAUUUUCAGGAAAUGUCAGAAAUGGCAUCAGGAAGAACUGAUUAGAU